CUCUAGCAGACCGAAAGUCCGAAACCCUUUCGUCUUGAGCCCGAGCCCAAGCCCAAGCGGUGAAAUAGAUAUUUAACAAGCUCAAUAAUCAAUCGAGUCGAGUUAUAUCGUAUCGUCAUCGCCCGUCUCUUUCUCCGUCUCAUCAUCGCUAAUCGCCUCAGAUUAACCGAAAUGGCUGGACACAAGGUUGCUCAUGCUGUCCUGAAAGGACCGAGUGUUGUCAAGGAGUUAUGCAUUGGAUCGGUUCUUGCUUUGGCUGCAGGUAGCCUCUGGAAAAUGCAUCACUGGAAUGAGCAAAGAAAAGUGAGGACUUUCUAUGACUUGCUCGAGAAGGGUGAGAUCGGUGUUGUGGUGCAAGAAGAGUAAAUAAUAGCUGUUUUUCUCUUAUGAUUUUCUUAUUUGGCUGUUUGCAAUCAUUUUGGGUUUUCUGCAUUUGGCUCUUGAGCUUCGAUAUCGAAUUUUCAGAGAAUAAAUUUCCCCUAUUCAAUUGUGGAUAUAAUUUGAUGUACUAUUGCAUCUUAUAGAAAUUGGUAUUUACUUUGCUUUGCGUCCA